AGCCUUUGUUUAUUUCCAAAACCAUGUCUUUUUCCAAUUGUCUAGCUCCUGGUAUCUCAUUCUACCGAUCUCCUAUAUUCAUAUAAAUAAGAGCAUACCUCAUUCAUUUUUUUCUUCAUCAAUCAAAUAGCAACAACCACACUUUCUUACUUACGAAACAAAAUCAUCUCCAUCUUAAUUUGUUAUCCGAAAAUACUGUCAUAUACGUUAUCAUGAAGAAUCUUGCAACAGCAACAAGCAAGGGUUGGAUCGUGGCUGCUAGUGUUGGAGCUGUAGAGGCUUUAAAGGACCAAGUUGGUAUCUGCAGAUGGAACUAUGCUAUAAGACAGGCUCAACAGCACCUUAAAAACCGUGUUAGAUCGUAUUCUCAAGCAAAGAGUCUCUCUUCUUCUUCACAUGUUGCUUGCAAAUUGAAGGAUGAGAAGAAGGCAAAGCAGGCAGAGGAGUCACUGAGGACUGUUAUGUACUUGAGCUGCUGGGGUCCUAAUUGAUCCAUUGGUACAUAGUUAGUGAUGCUAGAUAAAUUAAUUAUAUCAAAUUUGUAACAUUAGACGACAAUAUGUAUAAAAGAAUGUUUCUUGUUGAAA